CCUCCCCCGCCACUAGGUGAGAAUGAAGUUGGGCUCAAAAAACACAUCGGAAUUUUGAUUUUAAUCAGCAGAGAAUCAUCCAUGAGAAAAUGCAUCCAACAACGUCGUCUCCAGCUGCUGCUUGUUUCAACUGCUUGCACUCGUUAGCCUCUUCAAAGCUCCUCUCUUUUGCACUCCCUCUCUCGGUAUCGCCAUGUCCAGACUUUUGACAUUUGCAAAUAUUAGGAAAUCUACAGAAUCUGCUAUUUCGAACCAGAGGUCGAACCAAUCAGUAUUUAGAAAGUAUGCAACAGUGGUUACUGUUGUAUCGCCUUUGCCGAAAUAUAGACUGUGCAUACAUUAUAGGUUCAACGGUCGAGGAAAUGUUCCACUCUCAUUGCAGAAUAGGAAGGAAGGGUUUGGUAGAGGCUAUUUUGCCAGGAACCAUUCCUUCCUUUCUGUAAGUAGUGCAGUAACUCAUCUUACACAAGUUGCUUGGAAAAGGCUUGCACGGAAAUGUUCUGCGAGUGGUCGAACUUUCCCACACAUAAACAGGGCUGCUCAAGCCGUCAGCUUAGCUUUGUCCCGCUCACACCUGAUAGUACCUGGUAUUUUUGGAUUGACAUGUGGACGGUAAGCAUUGGCGCAGAGGACUUUAAUAGAGA